CAAAACAAUAGAAUCUGUGGUUUAAAACAGUUACAUGGUUGGCGUCGCAUUUAACAACUUGCAGAUCUCUAAAGUAAAGAAUGUGAAAAAAGGAGAAGAGAAUUUCCAGUGAACAAAAAUUACAUAUUUCUAAAUAAUUUACCAUCAAUUAAUAAUGGCUUCCAACAUGAUGGAACAGUUUCUGACGUGCAUAGAGUGUAAGGAAUAUUUCGACGGGGAUUUGCACGCACCGCACGUCCUUCCGUGUCUUCACACGUGCUGCACGCAGUGUCUGAAAUCUCGGAUCAGUAAGGACGAAGUUCAGUGUCCGGAGUGUCGAGAAAAGUUCGAAGCAUCUAACAACGACUUAAGUCGGUUUCCUGUCGACAACGCGCGAAAACACAUCGUAGAUUGCUACAGAAUUCAGAAGAAGAACGAGGAAUACCUUUGUGACGAAUGCGGAACUUCGUCCGUUAAGGAGCGUGCGACAACGCGAUGCAAAGAAUGCGACGAGUUUCUGUGCGAGAAAUGCACCGAUGCUCACCAAAGAACAAAGUUUACGAGGCGACAUCAACUGAUAUCUUCAGAGAAACUGAAGAAUUCUCCAUUAGAGGAGUUCCAUAACAAGCAGACGUGUGCUGUAGAAGGUCACGAAGGUCAACCCUUUUCUUUCUACUGCACGUCAAAAGGCUGCGCUAGGCCGGUCUGCAGCGUCUGUGUAGUAAGGAGCCAUCAACAAAAUGGCGGACAUGAGGUUCGCGAUAUCAACGAUGUUUACGUCGAGAACAAGAGGCUUGUAGAGGGACAACUGCUCGACGUCAAACACAAGAAGACUUCUGCUGAUGAAGCGAUAGAACUCAUUGAAGACAACAUACAAAAUUUCUAUUUGAAAGAGAGCGCGAUAGAUGAGGAGAUAGAAGCUCAGUUCAGUGAAUGUAUCAAAAUUCUUGAGAAAAGGAAAGAAGAGUUGAAAGAGAAACUAGCCUCCGUGUCCCAGGAAAAGAAGAAGGAUCUUGAAGGCCGACUCGAUCAUUUAACCAAACAAAACGGACAACUAGAACAAGCCUGCAAAUUCACCGAUGACCUUUUACAGUAUAGCAAUGCAGCUGAGUUCUUGGUCAUGAAGGACCAGGUUCUCAAUCGAAUGGCCCAACUCAAGAAUCAACCCGUCGACGUGUUUCCACCCCACGCAUCUACAGACAUAAAAUUUCAGGCUACAAACAUGGGAGACGACUUUGUUAACUUCAGUCAAAGUAUGGGCGGCGUAAGUGUCGCCACGUCUAUGGAGUUCCUUCCAAACACUCGUGUGCAGGUUCAUGACAUCGUGGUAGGAAAGGAACAGUCUCCAUUGCUGAUCACCAUGAACGAAAACCACAGCCGUCCUUUGUCCGAGGCCGAUUUGGACAUCAAAGUAGAGAUACUCAACGGCAAGAACUACAGGAGCCAGGCCGUGGUCCUGGAUAAGACUCGGUCACAGGGCUGCUACAAGGCGGUGUUUACAGCGCCGAAACCCGGGGAAUAUAGAGCUCUAGUCAAAAUAAUGGGGAUGCUUUUGGAACCAGAGGGAUACGUGUUCAAAGCUAAACGCAUUGACGACAUAGGAUCCGAAAGCAGCUUAGCCUAUCUCACCGCCACCGAGAAGAAAGAAGCAAAAGAUGCUAUUGACAGCGACAGCCAAGAAAUUAAAUAUGGUGCGAAUGAAAUUGAGAAACUAAACCUUCAAGCUCUUGCAACCUCUAGAGGCAAACCUCUGGCUUCCAGUGAGUUUAAAACUGCCGUUGGGGAAAUCAUUUGUCCUGAUCUCAAUCUUGAUCCCUUGGCAGCCCAUCCACAAAACGAAGUUUUGGAAAAUUUGAAAACCAUGAAUAACCAGAAAAGCCGUCACCGCACCCCGAGAAAUUUGUCCCAGGCUUUUCAGAACUUCCGGGGAACCAUCGGCAACCGGUCCCUGGGGCGGACUGAAAGAUAUUAUUUUGAAGUCAACGUCAGCUUCUUCAUCAAACGCUCCCUGCGUCAGGACCUCGUUUUCGAGAUAGGCCUCUGCCGGAAGUCGGAUGUAGACAAGCAUUACACGAUCGACAACCAUGCGUUUUCUUAUGUCGUCUGCGCAAGAAAAUGUCACAUCUGCCAAACGAUUUGUUUGCAAGGUUGGAAUAACGGUCAGCGAUUUUACCACUCUCCUAUCACCGAAAAUUCCCCUCCCGGAACCUCUUUCAAGACUACAUACGGGUUCCUGCUAGACGCGCGUCAACGUCAAUGGGUCGUUGUUGACGCCAAGAACAGAAGAUUUAUUCUGCGAUUCAAAAAUAUAGACCUAAAUAAACCAUUGUGGCCCGUAUUUGGACUGUACAAUCCUGACUUGAUCAACUCGUCUUUGACUGUUCGCUCAGGAAAAGAUAUAUCGAGCAUUCUCGAGGUGCCGUUUGACUAUUAAGUUAACUUGUUUUUUAUGAUUUGUGAUAUUAGCGUACAUGUACGUGUACGUAUACACAAACAUUUCGGGCCAUCUAUGUCUAUUUCUAUAUUUUUGUUAAAUCUUUCAAUGUGAGCAUUGUUGCACCUUUGUGGAGGAAUCAUAGCACUCAAACAUUAUGUUUAAAUAACAAAUUCUAGCAAUAAUAUCACAAUUGUCUGCACAAAUUCUGAUGGAAAAAUUCGGUUCCUGACUUUGAUUUACUUUCUUGCAAGUACGACUGAGAUAUUGCAAACUCAAAAUCUACAGUUCGGCUUGGUCCAAAAUUAAAUUUUUUUCUUACAAGAAAAGCUGGUUUAUAGGAAUAUUCCAAAACAUAUUUUUUGCAUCUUGAUAGUGAAAUAACUUGUAUUUAAGGAGGGAUAUGAGGUUAAAAUGUAUGUUUAUAUGUGAGAUAUGAUGGCUGUAUGUAACCAGUGUAAGUAAUUAAUAUUUUAUGUUUGUACACGUAAUUGUUUUUGUUUGUAUGCUUUAUUUACAUCUCCAGGUGAGAUUGUCCAUGCACAUGUAAUCGUUUAUUUUUAUUUGACCAUGGGCGGGGAAAGGGUAAAAAAAUAGACGCUAUUGCAAAACGAACAACGUAUUUUCAAAAACAAGGUAAAAAACAAACAUUAGCUUAAAACAAAUCAUUAAUUUUGCAAAAUCAAGAGACACCGAUGCAAAACGAACGAUCACCAAUGCAAACCCAACAGUCAUGCACUGAAUUAACGCUAGAUAGCGUGCGGAGAGGUAUCAAGGGGAAUCGUACCCUGGAGAAAACGUAGCCCGGAGAAACCGUAUUCAUCAGUUGAUGCGUUAUCUCCGAGAGAAAACGUAAAAUAUAGAAAUCAUAACAAGAAUUAAAAUUCUUAUAAAAACUGUUCCAAUGCAAUAUAAUAAAAUUAUUCAAUAAACAUUA